AUGCUCCAGCCCCUCCGUGUCCUUCUGGGGCUGUUGACAGGCAAAUAUCGCGAUACCCAGACUUCGAUAACCGACAGCUCCGCAGUUUACAGAGUCAGCAAUGACAAGAGCGCUAACGUGACCUUAAUCGACCUUCCAGGCCAUGAGAGUUUGCGGCUUCAGUUCUUGGAGAGGUUCAAGGCGGCAGCCAGAGCCAUUGUGUUUGUGGUGGACAGCGUGGCCUUCCAGCGGGAGGUGAAGGAUGUGGCGGAGUUCCUGUACCAGGUCCUGGUCGAUAGCACUGUCCUCAAAAAUGCACCCGCGCUGCUGAUCGCUUGCAAUAAGCAAGAUGUCACGAUGGCAAAAUCAGCAAAACUUAUUCAACAGCAGCUAGAGAAGGAGCUCAACACCUUACGAGUGACCCGCUCUGCAGCCCCCACCAGUCUGGAUGGCUCAGCCACUGGGGGCCCUGCCCAGCUGGGGAAGAAGGGCAAGGACUUCGACUUCUCCCAGCUACCCAUGAAGGUGGAAUUCGUGGAGUGCAGUGCUCGGGGCAGCAAGGGAGAGGAGGGAGAUGCUGACUUCGAAGGCCUUGAGAAAUGGCUGGCCAAGAUCGCCUGAACAGAAAAGAGCAGGGCUGGAGGGAGAGGCUGGAGGAGGUGGGAUGCUUGGGGACUGGAAGGAAAAAGAUGGUCUGAAGCGCUCAAAUCUGAUCUCGCUGUAGAAGAAACUUCAGCUGGAAACCAGCGUGGUAUCUUCCCCUGCUGCUCGUGGGCUUGGGAGCAACAUGACACAAUUGCUGGUGUGAUUUCCUCUGACUCUCCCCUCACACCGCAGCAUUUUUAUUCCUCUCCCCUCUUCCUUUCUCUUCCUCUGGGAUGCUGACCCUUUGGAUUUAUGUGUUUCCUUAAUCUGUAGGCUCUUCAUUUGCAAAUUAGGAAGGAGUGAACUGCCAGGUGACUUUCAGAGGUUGGAAUCUGCAUGUUGUCUUCUCCCUUGGCUUAGCAUUGCAACCCUGUUGCCUCUCGGAGCUACUGAUCUGACUGAUUCUGACUUCUUUCCCCAGCCUCAUGCUGCUUCGGAGCACUGUGCACAUCAUCUAUGCUGCCCUGGCAAAGUGCGCAGGCUCUCUCCAUUGGGCAGUUGUUGAAGAGAGUAUAAAAAGCUGUUUACCUCUGUGUUUCCUACCUUGCUGAUCUUCCAAGGCCUUGCAGUCCCAUUUCUAUGGGACUGGAACGGUCUGUUAAACACCCAAACCAGGCUGGCUGAUGUGCCUUUGUCACUGUACACCACCUGUGUCCUUGGGUGAUUUCCACUGUUGGACAGUUCUUGGGAGCUUUUCUUUUAAUGCUUUAAUGUCCUGAAAGCUUCUUUCACUCUGCUUCUCCUUCCCAUGCUUCAGGCUCUUCUCCCACAGACAUGUAGCCACGCUCUCCAAGUGGCAGAGUUGUAGUAGGGUCUUAGCUUGAAACUAUGAGGCAGGCACGUUUUUAGAUUCAUACCUACGUUACGCAUGAGAUCGGGUGUGAGAAGCGUUUGCUGCGCGGUCGCCUGCCUGCCUCUUGUGUCAGCUCCUGUCACCUUGUGUCACCUGCCUCAGCUGCUCCUCUUGCAGGGACGGCUGAGGGGACACCGCCAGUCGCUGCAGCUAUCGCAGUGGCUCGGCAGGCUGCUGGAGGCUCCAAAGGCUCCGAUUCAUGCUUUUCCAAAGGAUGUUGCUCUCCUUGCCGUGCUCUGGCCAGGAGCAUUGGUUAUCCAAA